AUGCUGGAGGACCCUGGAAUCUCGCCCGACGAGGGUUCGACUGCCCCGCAGGCUGUGGAUGACAUCAAGGCUCAAACCUUAUGGAGGUCGCCAAGAGCGGAGGUGGCCUGUAGUAUUUUGCCUUUGAGUAACUGUCCCCAGCUCCAGUGCUGCAGGCACAUUGUUCCGGGGCCUCUGUGGUGCUCCGAUGCCCCUCACCCACUGUCGAAGAUCCCCGGUGGGCGAGGGGGCGGCAGGGAUCCUUCUCUCUCAGCUCUAAUAUAUAAGGACGACAAGCUCACUGUGACCCAGGACCUCCCUGUGAACGAUGGCAAACCUCACAUCGUCCACUUCCAGUAUGAGGUCACUGAGGUGAAGGUCUCUUCCUGGGAUGCAGUCCUGUCUAGCCAGAGCCUGUUUGUAGAAAUCCCGGAUGGAUUAUUAGCUGAUGGGAGCAAAGAAGGAUUGUUAGCACUGCUAGAGUUUGCUGAAGAGAAGAUGAAAGUGAACUACGUCUUCAUCUGCUUCAGGAAGGGCCGGGAAGACAGAGCUCCACUCCUGAAGACCUUCAGCUUCUUGGGCUUUGAGAUUGUGCGUCCAGGCCAUCCCUGUGUCCCCUCUCGGCCAGAUGUGAUGUUCAUGGUUUACUCCCUGGACCAGAACUUGUCCGAUGAGGACUGAUGGUCAUAGAGGAUGCUUUGCCCAAGAGCCACAGUGGGGGGCGAGGGGGAGUUAGGCGGCCAUGGGACAGAGGAGAGGGGUUCUCGCUGUCUAGGCAAGGACGCAGAAAGGCUCAGGCUGAGGGUUGCCUCUUGUGUUCUUGGAGUUGACUCGUUGACAUUGUUUUCCAUAAAGAACAGUAUAAACAUAUUAUUCACAUGUAAUCACCAAUAGUAAAUGAAGAUGUUUAUGAACUGGCAUUAGAAGCUUUUUAAAUUGCGCUGUGUGACGUGCUCUAUCUAGCCUAGGGGAGGACUUUGCCGAGAGGGGGAGGGAUCGUCUGCGUCCAGGGCCGAGGCCUGGAGGGCUGGUGGGCAGUUCCAGCAGGCCCAGGCUUCCCUGUUGUUGGACUUUCAUUUUGGAUUUUUAAGACUUCAUAUUUUCUUCCUUUGCUUCCUGUUACCCAGGGGCUCCUGGGCAGUAUCCUCGGGUUAGUUUUUUGACACUCUACUUGGGCUUCUCUGUGUGCAUUUGUGUCUGGCCUGUCGUAUGCAGGUCUGACCCCUUCCUUCUUUACAGCUUAGUGUUAUUCUAGCAUUUGGUUAAGCUGGCUUAAUCUGUUUAAUGUUGCCAGUGCAUUUGAAAUGGGGCACUGACGUUCACUCCCACUAGCAGGGCUUUUUUUUUUUUUUUUUUGGGGGGGGGGUGCCUGAGCCUUACGGAAAGCCAAAUUCCACUUCUCAGAUGACCGCGAAGGGUUCUUGUUCCUGAGGCCCAGGCCCUGAGGGCUCUUUCCUAAAGUUAUCAAGAGUAAGGAGGGAGAAACCACGAGGGAAUCUAUUCUUAGAGGCCAGAUGCCUCUAGCUGACCGAGCGUAGUGCUCACUGCCUCCCCAGACAGGUCUGAGCAGUGCCUGGGACCCUCUUUGCAGGGCCUUAGAGGUAGGUUUUGGGGGUGGAAGUGGCCUUGCCUUUUCUGUUUUCUCUGAACAACUGCUGUAAGGGGAGAAGAACAGGGGAAGAGAUGGAGAUUGGGUGAAGGGAGCGGGGUGUCAGGCAAGUGUGUUAUGUUAUUGUGUCAAUAAACUGAUUUAAAGUUGU